AUGAUUGGAUUCGCUAGCAACAAUGCCUUGUUGACUGUCCAGUUCGUGCUUUUGCUGGCGAUGUUCAUCAAACCAAUGCUUUUGCCGCAAGGCGGCACCCAAUCCGGCGGGGCGGUGUACCGCCGGGUGGUGGUCCGGAACAUAGUGUGCACUGUCGGCAUCGCCUGUGCGUACGUGAUCACGACGGUCGUGGUGGUUCUCGCCCACGUCAGCACUCCUUCUGAUACCAACAAGGCGGCUGUCCUUGGACACAUCACACCAUCGAUCAACAUUUGCGUGACCCUGUGCCUGACCGAGGUGGGUGGUGGCAACGAGUUCGUCAUUUUUUCUUGCAUCAGCGGCAUCAUCUGCCAUACCGGCGUCGCCGGUUCUUGUCUACGACACAGCCACCAUCUGACCUAG